AUUCUACCGCCGAAUAAUGAAAUCUUGUGUAACUAUUCUAUUCUACGUAUAAUCAUUGUUCGUUUUCCUUAGUUCUUAUAAUUAUUUAAACAGCUUUGUUUUCAAAGUACUCAACGUUUUAUUUUUUUAUAAAUCAAUUUAAUGUUUUUUAUAAUAAAUGAUAGUGAAAGAUGGAUAUUAAAAUAAUAAAUUUUCUUUAGCUCUGUUAAUAAUGGAAAAAUAUAAUUUUAGGAACAACUUGCAUACUUUGAUUGUUAUGUAUAGAAAUGAAAUCACUGCAUUGAUGUAUAAGUGAUUGAUGGACAUUAACAAUUAAAUGAAUAUUUACUAUAAAAUUUGGAUGUAUGGCUUUUAAUAUUUUAAGUUUGUGAAUUGUCAAUGAAUUUUAUAGAAUGGUCAGAAACUGUUAUUAUAAUCAGUGAACAACAAAGAUUAGACAAAGUGAAUUAUGAUAAUCUUAAAGUAUUUGACAAAUUUGGUUUUGAAUGGGUUAAUGAUGCACAUUAUUUCCAAAUGUUUAAUGUUACAAAAGAUCCUUUUAAAUGGAGUGUGAAAGAGGUUUCCAUCUGGUUAAAUUGGAUUGCAAAACAAUACAGUCUUAUUAAUUUUAAUAUACCAAAAUUUAAAGUGAACGGCAGUCAAUUAUUUAGUGAAACUUUUUGUUGGAAUACUAAUGAUGUAAAAAAUAUACCACCUAAUAAUGACUUUUGGAUUCAUAUAUCUUUAUUAAGAAAAUUGAAAUGUGUGUUCAUAAAACUUAAAAAUGAUGAAUUAGUUGACAUCAAAUCAUUAAAAAAAAUGAAAGAAAAAACUGAAUUAAUUUCAAAAUUAAAAACAAAUGUAGAGAUAUGGCAAUUUUUUCUCCAUUUAUUAUCUAAUAAGGAUUAUCAAGAAAUUAUUGAAUGGAUUGAUGACAAUGGACACUUCAGACUUAUCAAACCUAAAACUGUCUCAAUUUUAUGGGGUAUAAUAAAAAAUAAUAUCACGAUGGACUAUAAAAAAAUGUCUUCAUCCAUAAGAUAUCACUAUGGUAAAGGUAUUAUCAACAGAGCUAAAGGCAAACAUGUGUAUAAAUUUGAAUCUGAUGUUAAAAUGUUGGUUGGUUAUACACCUAUGGAAAUUAAAAAAACGUUUGCAAAUCAAUGAAUUUUCAUUUGUAAAUGUUAUAUUGUAUUUUUGCAACAAAACUUGCUAAUAGUUUGUAACGUAAUAAAAUUAAGGUGUGUAUAAGGUCACAGAUAAAUAUAUUCAAUAAGUAACGUUGUACAUCUGUAAGUUCAGUGUUUCACACAUAUAUAUAUAUAUAUACAGAUUUAUAUAGUAUGUAAUGAAUUGUCCUACCACCUGUGUUUCCCUUAUCAUAAAUACCAUUAUAUCUCUAUGGGGUCAACCAAAACUAUGGUUACACUGUCCACUACCAUAUCUCAUGUGUUAUUAAGCCAGCUUGGGAGACUGUGGUUAAGUUUCAAAAAAAAGAAAAGAAGAUCACACCAACUUAGUUAACCUUUUUGCUGUCUAUCAAAACAAAAACCAAAUAUGGAAUUGAAAAUUUUCAUAUGUUUUGGCCAUCAUUAUGGCACCAUUAUAUUAAUCAUCUAGACUUGGACAUCUCGACAAUGAUAUUAUGUGAAACACAUAGGCCAUUUCAAUACGUGUCUAUUGACAGCCUGUUUUAUAUCAUUGUGAUAAAUCACAUUGAACUAUUCUUUAUUUAUCUGGAUUUAAUUAUUAUUAGCACUCGAAAUUAUAUUAUAAACAAAUGGAAUAUUAAUAUUGUUUAAUUACAUAAUUUUUAAAUAACUCUUCAGUCAGAUUUAUAAUCUCAGACAUGUCAUGAAUCUUCUAUCCAUAACUUAAUUAUUAAUAUAGUUUUUUUUAUUUAACUUUAUCUAUUUAACAUUACAUUGUGAUUUUUUUAUUAUAUCUAUAUUUUCCUCCUAUUAUUUUGAAUUCUGUAUAUUUUAUUUUAUUAAUAUGGUUGUAAUUUUCCAUUUUAUCUUGUUAUAUUUAUUACAAAAUUAAUGUAUAACAUUUAAUAAAUUUUAAUAAUUGUUGUAUUAAUUCAACACUGUUAAUCAUAGAACCUUUCCUCCACUAAGAUUAGAUACAAUAUCCAUGAUUUUCCGAAUUUUCCUUUAGCUUGCCUUCCUGGUGGACCCUCCUUGUUCUUGUUAAAGUUAUAAGGUUUUAUGAAUUUAGCUUACAAGAUUCAUGUGUUAAACUAUUAUUUUGUACCUAUUUCUUUUUUGCAUUUUUAAUAGUUUUUUUAGUGAUAAAAGAGUUAUUUUCAAACAAAAUUUUCAUUAAUUUAAAAAAAAAAUCAUCAAUAUUUUUCUUUUAAUUUCUUAUUACUGUCAUUUUAAGUAAAUUAAUUAUGAGCAAAAAUAUAAUUUCACACAUCAAUAUUUUUUUAAUUUUGGCGAUUGAGUAAUUUAAUUACAUUUACUUAGGGUCUGUUAUAUAGGGCGUUUGUGCCUCUCUUAUGGUAAAAUUAGCAGUUUUUUUUAAAUUUGUUAAUAAGUUUGAGAUGUAUUAUUUAAUUUUUUUUUUUUUUGAUAU